GCAUGUCAAUAUUAGAAUAUACAUUUAUGACACUUCAUUACUGAGACCUAAACAAUAUCAAGGGACUCAAUCGAUUAUUUUACAUAGUUUUUAUUCUACCUUUUUCUCCAUGAGAAGCUUGGAAAUAAUCAAUGAAACUGAAUGCAUGAGAGAAUAUGUGGUUUGCUGCUUCUUUAUAAAUGUAGCAGGAAACUAUGUAGGGAGGGUUAUGGAAACUACUAGGCAGAAACUUAGCUUUACAGCUACUACUGCAUGUCUGCCAAACAGAAACAUCCAACAAUCAUUACAUUGGCUUAGUAAGUAUGAUUUUUUCAGUAGAUUAUUAAAUCAAAGUUAUUUUUUGUUUGCUUUUGGCAUUUAGGGUCCUUUAGGGCACACUCAGGCCACAUAUCUAAAUAUUUUUUUCACAGCCACAAAGACUGGGUACUCAUUUUGUUAAAGCUGCAGAGUUUCCAUUUUCAUGCAACUCCAGGAGCUGUAACUUUAAGCAAAACAUCAAACAUUAAGCAUCGCAAUUAAAUCUCAAGUUUUGGCAACUUUUUACUGUUUCCCUUAUUCUAACAAAGUUCCUUGUUCAGUGUUAAAAGGAAGUAGCUCUUUCCAUGUUUCUUUACUGUUGCUUUAUAACUGGUGGAGCUAAGUGCUUCAUCUACAGAGUUUACCAGCCCAAAUCCAGCUCAGGAAUAAGACAUCUGCAGGGCAGCAUGGGGUAGUUUAUAUUGUAGCCACCAAUGCUGCACUGUCUCCAUCCAAGGCUCUUAAACUGUACUUCAGACAUUGAUCAAGUAAGUAGUAUAAUACUGCAGAUGUGGAAAUCGAGGCACAGAAAAAAUGACUUGUUUUCAGAGUAUGUCUAUAUGGCACAGUGUAAUGUUGUGCAGGGGUAGCUCAGUUCUCUCUAAACCAGGUAGCUUGAGUACUGGAAGUAGUAUAGGUGUAUUAAUGCAGCACUUCUCAGAGUAGUCUCUUUUCUAGGGAAUGCUUUUGCAUUUUGUAUUAAAGAGCCAAUAACGAACAAUUAGCAGGCACAAACUGGAAUCCAGCCAGGUCUUCCCUUCCAAAGAGAGUGGGCUACCUCCAUCAUUAGGUUUAUAGAGCCAUGCUCCCUCUAAUGCUUUCCUCUCAGGCCCAGGCAUCUGCACACUUACAGCUUCCACUGGAGGGUGGACAGGAUGCCCCUUCACCUGUCUAGCUGAAGGCAGCCGUUCUUUUUUAGACUCAAGGAAUCAAACCUGGUGGCAGAGGUAAUGUGUGAUAUUAGACCAACUUGGUAUUUGGAAAAAAAAAAAGUCUUUAUUUGCAAGCUUUUUGGCACAGGCACCCUUCAUCAGGCAUAGGAGAUUGCACAGUUUGUAAAAGUUCUCCUAGGUAAAAAUGAAAAUUUGUAUUUUGCAGGAGAAUUGAAGGUUUGGUAAAGUCAUCUGUUUGGAACAGUUCAUUUUGUGCAGAUUAGGAUCAGAGAAAGUUGGAAAAGUAUUUUUACCUCUAAGUUGCUUGGUGGUAAGUGGUUCUCAAGCUUUUUUAGACUCAAAGCACUUUCCAUGGCCUUGCAGGACCUUUUAGACGCAAGGCCUUGAGUCUCUCCAGGGAUGCCUUGCGUCUAGAAAAGGCUGAAAACCCCUGGAGUCUGCAGGCUGCAGCAGGAGGCGGGGACGGGUGCGGAGAGCCGAGACUGUGCCCCCCCGGGAUUAACUCCGCAACAAGUGGAUGUGGCCGCAUUUCACUGAGCCCUUCUCAGUUGGCGAGGAGAAGGCUACACCGGGGUGUCGUCCCCUGGCCUGAAGCUCCGCGUCUGCUGGCUGUCCCUGAGGCGAACAGCUGCGGACCCGCCUGGCAGAGCGGGGAGGGUCGGCGCUGGGGUUUCCCGGGGAGUCCGCGGGGCCGGACGCGUCCUGCCGGGCACCCGCCUCAGGACUCGGCCAGGCGCGCGGCUUUCCCGGAACAACCUCAACUCGGGUUGGGAAGGAAAUGAAAGGCGUCAGGUGAGUCUGAAAUGCUUUUGAAAAAAAUCCUAGCCUGGCUUUGGCUAGGGCUGACUCAUGCUUCUUGAGCUGGGGAGGGCGGGACUAGUCCUAACUCACUCACUUUCUCCUGGGAUCAGCUGCGGGAGUGCACUCAAGCCUGGUGGCGGGGCCGGACCCCCUCGCAUUGCGGCGGCGGCGGCUCCCCAGCGCCCGGGGCCGGAGGCUGCGAGAUGGUGACAGUUACGCAUUCUUCCUAAAGUGAGAUUAUUUUGAAGUUAAACAACAAGAAGUUUGUUGUUCCUGACAAAAAAAAGAAUAAAUCCAACUCAAGUGAAAAUGUUUCUCAGUUUAAAUUUGUGUCAUCUUUGCACGUUAAUAAUGCUGUGUGCUAUGAUACCUGAGCCAUCCCUGUGUCAAAAUUGCUCAUUGGAGAAGAUGGAAAAUGUCAUCGUUGAUGUGAUGGCAUCUCUCAAAAAUGACAUCAAGGGGAUAGAGCCAGUAUAUACUUCAACACCAGAAGCUUGUAUUAAUGCUUGCUGCAUAGGAAAAAACGUAUCAGGAGACAAGAAAUGUAACUUGAUGAUUUUUGAUGCUAGAAGAAUAGGCAAGUAUCCAAACUGCUACCUCUUCUACUGUCCUAGUAGGGAAGCUUGUCCAAUGAAACCAGCUGAAGGAUUUGUGAGCUACAGGAUAAUUAGAGAUUCACAGAUUCUGAAAAAAAAUCCUUUCACAAAUAAGAACUUGCACUUUGCACGUGAUGACUCAAAUGGAGAAAAGCUUGCGAAGACACAAAAUGCUCCUCAAAUUCAGGCAAUACUCCUGAAUCCAACUGUCUCUCUGCAGCAAUAUAUCACUUCCCGGAUGUCUGAAUUCAUGGACCAUGAAGUAGAACAUUUAGAUAAUACUGAAUUGCACUCACAGUUUCCUCAAGACCAGGGGAAGAAAGCUCCUAAGAACUCAGAUUCUUUUCCAAGUGAAAAAAUGACUGACCUGUUGCCUCCUACCAAUGCUACUACUGCCCAUGCUGAACUUAACACCCCCACUGCCACUACCCAUGCUGCACCUAGCACUACCACCACUACCAAUACUACUGCCCCUGCUGACCCUGCCACCACUAGUACCACUCCCACUACCUAUUCCCAACCUAGUACCACCCAUACCAGUGCUACAGCUACUGCUUUUGGUAAAAUUGACCACAUGAUCAAAAAUCCUCAAACUACUACAGUGUCUGCACAGCUAGGGACAUCUGCUACCAAAAUAGAGCCAAAGACUGCCUCUGUUGCUGCCAAUAGCAUCUCCAGUCUCUUUUCUUUUUCAGGUGUUACUUUACCCAGUAAGGAAUCCACAGAUUCUUUUCAAAACACACACCAAACUAAGGGGGAACUUGCUUUAGAAGGCUACUUGUCAGAUGAUGUUUCACAAAGCAGUGCUGUCUCUCAUUUUGGUGAAAAGAGUAGCCUCAUCACAGCUUUAUUUUUUGGGUUGAUGUUCUUGUUAUUAGCUGUUACACUAAUAGGCAGAAGAAUGUCUGAAUCUUUUUGGAGAAGGCGCUAUACCAGGCUAGACUACUUGAUCAAUGGAAUGUAUGCUGACGUAUGAUUGCUUAGAAAAGUGAAAUAAUAAAUCACUAGUAAGUGUAGCCUUCUGUAGCAGCUGAAGAUAAUGAGUUUUUGAAACCUAGUAUUGAGGUUCUGGGGAAGGUGUUCUCUUUUUGCUGUAAGAGGGGUAUGGAAUUACUGUUCUGAGGUUUUGCAGGGUUUUUCAUCUCCCAGAAAAAAAAACAAACCUCACUUAAUUGAACUAUGGUGAAAUGUUGUUUAUUUUUGUUUUGUUUUGUUUUAUUUUAUCAUUUAAUAAAAUCCAAGUUAGGCAGAGAAGACCUCACACUUCAGAGAGAGGACAUUUCAGGAGAUUAAUAUAAUGUUUCAUGCAACCAGGUUAGGUAGUAAACAAAAAAAGCUGCACAAGCAGCACAGUGUAUUGAAUAUAGUUUGCUACAAAGCUAUCUGGGUGCAAAUACUACUGUAAUUGAAUACUAUCUACUAUGCUACCUCUUGCCUUAAAAAGGAUCUCUAAGUUCAAAUCAAUUCCUGUUCAAAACACCACAGUGAAAGAAGUAAGGUUUACCAUAUACAUAAUAUCUGCCGUAAAGUCAAGGAAAAGAAAGGUUAAACCAUGUAAUGAUAUGCGUCUUCAAUUCCUCAACACGCAUACAGCUGGCUAUUGCCACAAUUGUUGUAAGCCAUGUGCCAAGUUUGUAAGCUACAGUCUUGUUUCUGCCUUUCCUUUGGGGAUGUCAGUCUCUGCUCUCUAGUGACUUUUGUACAUGUCACAGAGGCAGCCUUUGUCCUACUAAACCCAUAGUUAAGUGUCUUCCUAACAAAAGCACUACCUAUUGACUUGGCAUAUCCAUGUAAAGGAUUUUUUCCCCUAAUCCAACUCAUUCCUAAAUUGCUAUGACUCGACAAGAAAAGAGCAUGCACAGAGUUCUGAUUGCAAGUGAUAGAGACAAUGGAGUUGCCACCAUCAGAGUAGAGAAUGGGAGGUUGCUUAAGACUUCCAGGUAAAUAAGAAAGUUUAAAGGAAAACUGUGACUACAUGACAUUCACUGAGCUCAGAGAUGUGUCCUGCAAUCAAUAGAAAUGAAUAAACACGUGUCUUCUGAUUUUUAUUAUGGCUGAAGGGGAAGAUUGUAAAACAUUACAAUUCAUUAUGAACCACUGAACAACCAUUAAGUCUAGAAACUCUAUUUCUGACUGAACACCCAGUUCCUUAAGUAUUGACUUGACAGGCACAUAAUAACAAACAUUUCAGCAGAGAGACGAGCACUAAUCUUAUGGAGAAAUAUGUAUUUUUUUUCUUUUAAAUAGGAUGUGACUUAUCCACAAGGUGUUUUGUGGUUGGGUAUUUGUGUUGGUUAUUUUGGAAGGGGGAAAGGAGGAGAGGGAAUAUAGAUUGAGCCACAAGUAGAGAUGUGAAAGGUUAAAUGAUUGAUCACUUAACCAAUAAGCCUAGUGGUAAGAAGUUAUUUUACCAGUUACUGUUUUGCAUGGGCCUUGACACAGUCCUGCAGGGAAGGGAAGCCAUGUGAUGCCUUAGCAGGAAUCAGAAGGUGGCAGGACAGGGAGGGGGUGGGGUGUGGGGGGGUAUAGUACCCAUAGCCUAUGAGGUUAAAGAAGAAAACAGUAGGCAGCCUAAUGACAAUUAAGCAAUUAGGUGCUUGCAGGUGUUCCCUCCCUCCCAGCAAAGGGCUUCACCUGAGCUGUGCACCUCCUCCCCCUCAAGGGCCCUGGGAGUGGCUCCCAGCAGCAGCUGUGUUAUCAGUUAACCAUUUAACUGAUAUAAUCAGAAGUUAAAUGGAUAAUUUUUUUUAAAUGAUAUUUACAUUCCUAGCCAGAAGGGUACAGAAAUAGCCUCAGGAUAAAUAUCUUAAAGGCCCCAUUCUUAAUUCUAAUAACAGCUGUAUGCAAGAAAUGUCAUUGUUCACGGAUAAAGGCAAUUCCAUUGUGUACCGUAGGCAAAACAAAGUUGUUGAAAUGCUUCUCUAAGUGAAUCUUAUUGCAUUAAUGACCAACUCCUCCACAGUUUUAGGUCUUAAUGUGUUUUGAUUAUAAUAAUAUUACUUAAGACCUUGAAUUGCUAGAAAUGAAAGAGAAUGGCAGGAAAUAACUAAUAAAUUGGGAAUAAAUUGUGAAUUUGGCUGUUCCUUUCUCUACAGUCAAUUUAUUUGUUUCCUCUGUUUAUAUGGGUUUUAGCAAGGAACAUGGGAAUAACUUUUUCAGGUAAUGGGUUUGUACAAUUACAAAUAAACAGAAACUAAAUGACUUCUUGUUUCUUAACUGUUUGACUAAACUUGAAGUUGAUUGUGUCUGUUGCAAAAGUUCACAUUUGUGUGAAGUCUUCAAUAUAACCUCUGCCAGUUGAGCUGCUUAAUAUAUAUUUAAAUUAAUCAUAGUCCUAAAAACUUCAUGCAAGUCUACUGUGGUAAUGAGACUCUUGGGGGAAGGAUUGUGUUAAUUGCUUUAGUAUCCUGCAUCCUCUAGGGCUGUAUUUAGUUAAUGUAGGUAAGCAUGAAGUCAGAACACUAAACCUAAGCCAGACAGCAGACAGACUGCUGGCAUGCUAACAAUAGAAGUAUGGCAGGAAGUUGUACACAUCCAGUGACCAGAUCAGCUAUGUGUAAAGAGGUUGAAAUUUGACUUCUGCUCUGAGAGGAACAAAGUAUUUUAAAAACUCUUAGUUACUGGACUGAAGAUAUUUUAUAUGCACCUACUAAAGAAAGUAUCUCCUCUUUCAUUCUCUUUAUCACGCUAUUCUAAAUAGAAAAUUGCUGUUAGGAAACUUGAUAGAUUAUUCUACUUCUGUUGGUGAAUUUUGAAGCUAUGCUUGGACACUAGAGGGCAACAGCAGCUUGUGAAACACAAUCAGUGAGCUAAAGACACCCAUUUAUAAGUGCUUCAAAUGGUUGGAUUUUUUUUUACUUUCCAGUCUCUGUCUAAUCUUACUGAGGUGAAUCUUGGCAAAAAAGCUUUUCACCAAAGGAAGUUUUCUGGUGUGUAAAUGUAUGCACGCACACUUAAACAUGGAAUAUACAAAGCAAUUGCUAAUCAGUUUAAGAUUGGAGCUAUUUGGAAGCAGACUAGCCAGUAAACAAAUCCUUUGCUAAAUAUUACCUUGUCAAAUACAAACUUAAGUAUUGUGCUAGCAUUUUUAGUAAGUGCCUAGAGGAUGAAUGAGAAUUGGCUUAAACAGCUUUUAGGUUCCUAUUGCUUAUAAUAUUAAUUUUAUGGGUUUAAACCUCAUUUCUAUGCUUGUAUAUAAUUUGCAAUAAGAAAGAGUAAAUAGGCAAGACAGCACCUGUAAAGUUCCAUUAUGUUUUAUGUUGUGCCUUUCAGCAUUAUUUAUCUAAUGUUUUGGGGCCCACUUCUCUUUUUAUGCUGCAUGCUCAAAAAACAGCAGAAGUGCACCCAACUUUUUAGUGACGUUGACUAGCAACAGCAAUUUAGUUGAAAAGCAAGAGACUAAAAAGAUCAGGUUGCAACAGAGUAUUGAGAAAAUAGGCUGCUUCAUUUUACAUUAGGCUUUUUUAAUAUAGGAAAAUAAUUAGAAUAAUAUUUUGAAUGAACCACUAUGAUGUGAUAAACUGCAUUUUGGGACUCUUAGCAUAACUCAAAUUAUGUUUUGGCAUAAGACCAAAAAUUAAUUGACAUUAAUCACCUGAGGGCAGUAAUUGCCAUAGCUGCCUAGAGUACUUCAUUAUAUUAUUUCAUGUGUGCCAAGCAAACAUGACUGACACACACAGAUGGUGUGUGGUACCAUGCAAAGAGUAGUAAAAAGAAAGCUGUCCUCCAGAACUUUUGAUUCAUGUAGGAAGAGGGAGAAGACAACUCCACACCUCAAACUGCUACAAAUUUAAUUUUAUAUAUUUUUCUGAAUUAAAAAUUCAACUGUUUGCAGUCCCUGAAAGAUAAGGUACUAAGCAUGAAACGGUGACUUCAGGAACCUUUCUGAGCUAAAAGUAAAUAUGGAGUGAUAGAGGAAGAUAAUUAGAAAAGUCCUUUUUAGUUUACAUUGUAACUAAAAUACCUCAUACUUUUGAGGUAUUUCAAAGUGAGAAAAAUGACUGGAUAGUCUUUCUAACCUGGCUGAAAGGCCUUUUGAGAUAGGCAUAGAUGAAUAUGUGUUGCUAGGAACAUUAAGGUUGCAAGCAUCAGACAUCAGUGAUGCUGAAGAAUUUUUCACUCAAAUUAAUUAGUAAUGGUUUUGUCAAGGUAUUGCCCCACUCCGCCUGCCCUUGAUGCACUUCUGGAAGCAUGGAGUGCAAUCCCCCGUACCACCACAGUGCUGUCAGAUCAGUGGAUGUUUUUUGGUUUCUCGUCCUUUCCUAAGAGUAAUCUUUAUCAUCUCCCAUUUGGUAGCCAGCUUCUCUGAAAAAAACCAAUGACCACUUCCCAAAGGUGCUCCUCUCUUUUCUUCCUCUUACUCUCCUAUGUUUAUGCAAGUUUACCAGCAUUGUCUGGCUUCCUGGUGAUCCAAGUUUUUCCUUUUUUACCCCACCCUUGUAGUCUGUCUGAACUUUUUCGUUUUGAACUUCUCUUCUUCAAUCUUUAGGCUAGAGUCAUUUUUCUAAAGAAAAUCUCCUUGCUCACCCUUGAAGGCUUUUAUUUUCUUGUGGUAGCUCUUAAGGAUAUUACCAUGCAUACCACAAAUUUAGUUCCUGCCAUUCUUCACAAUGCUCAAUACUGUCUGUGUUCUUCAUGUAUAAUCUGGAUUAAAUAUACUUUUCCAGAGUUCUUACAACUAUAAUAAAUCACUGCCUUCUGUGAAAUAGAAUACUGUUCAUUUAGUAAGAAAAUUUAAGGAUAGCACCUUAAAAAUCACUAGGCCUGCUUCUUCCUUUCUGUGUAACUCCUUUUACUUUAGUGGCCUUGAUCCAUAUUUGUAUGUGUAUAAAUGAAAUAACGGGGCCCACAUUCCUAAGAGUACAUGGCAUAAUUCACUUAUAGCCACUUUUUGUUUUGUUUUAAUAAAGAAUUGACAAAUGGAUACUUA